AUGGAAUCGGGGACCUUUUAUGUAUGUAGAAAUAUUAAUAACAGAUCUGGUCCUCGAACACAGAGCCGCUGCAAGGAUGAAGAAAAAGCUCACAAGCAAAGAGGAAGUAGACGUUUGGUGUUGAUCUCAGUGGGUCUCGGGCUCAUUUGUAUUCUUCUGCUGGUCUUCAUCAUACUGCUCAACAUCACCAUCACAGCAGAGAGAGACAUGAUAAAGAGUUACAAGAACACCGUUGAAGAGUUCAAUCGAACCAUCAACAGCUUACAGCACAAUAACACUGAUCUAAUUACUGAAAAACACCAACUGCAGAACAACUUCAACUCUUUGAGUCAGAAGAACCUGGUGCUGGAGACCAAAGUUAAAAAUCUCACUGCUGAGAAAGACCAGUUACAGAGAGAUUUUGACUCUUUGAAUAAGAAGGGCCUAGUUAAUUUGUUCAUGUCCACUGAGUUGAAGAGCUGGUCUGACAGCAGACAGUACUGCAGGGAUCGUGGAGCUGAUCUGGUCAUUAUCAACACUGAAGAGAAGCAGAGGUUCAUAUCUUCAUUAGUCAGUGAGAGAGUGUGGAUUGGUUUGUCUGACAGAGAGACCGAGGGCAUCAUGAAAUGGGUGGAUAAUUCACCACUGAAACAAGGGUUUUGGCUGAAAGAUGAGCCAAACAAUGCUAACAAUGAGGACUGUAUUGAACUGAAUUAUAAUAGAGAGGAGCCGGGAUGGUCACCACUGAACAGCUGGAAUGAUCAUUCAUGCUCUGAGAAGAAAAAGGGGAUUUGUGAGAAAUAGGAUCCAUCACAUCCUGUGGUUUUGCAUUUAUUAUCUAAUGUAAUCAUUCUCAUUGUGAACAUAUGAGUUCUGAUUAAG